AUGUCAAAGGUUGAGAAUGCCCAGAAGACCGCUUCGAAGGUGGAUGCGGAACUUCAGGACCUGCAAUCUACCUUGACCAACAUGGAACAAACUAGACCUUUCAAACAACUUACGGUUGACGAAGUGGUCGCAGCUAAACCGGAGAUUAAUGACAUUGUAGAAAAGUUGGUCCAAAAACACCGCUGGGCUGUUCCGGGUUAUGAAGAAAGAUUUGGAUAUUAA